GAGAGGGAGGAGGAAGAGGGGGAGGGGGAGGACAUGCAGGAUGUUACCCAGCAGCCCCCUGUGGUCUCUGUGGAGGACAGAGACUGAGCUGCACUGACGGCUGCCCACGUGACGUCCCAAUUGGCCGGUGUGAGGCAGCGGUUGGACAGGAUGAGCCGGACGCAGAGCGAGCUGGAGGGUCGCCUCGACGACAUGCUGACACGCAUCGCCAUGGAGACGCAGGAGAUCAAAGAGCUGGAGCAACAGCUGACUGAUGGUCAGAUUUUGGCUAAUGAAUCUCUUCAGAGGGAUUUGGAGGGAAUCAUUUCUGGCCUCCAGGAGUAUCUGAGAUCCCUCAGAGAGCAGGCUGAUCGAGCUGAGCUGCAGGUUCACAGUCUGCAGGCUGAGAACCAGAGUCUGCAGCUCCACCUGCAGGACACACAGAGACACUGCACACAGCUGCAGGACACGGCCAGGACACACACACAGGACAUGUCCCUGCAGCAGGAGGAGCUGUCUGUGUUGCAGAUGGAGGUUGAGGUUCUGAGAGACAGACAGGUGGAGCUCCAUCAGCUGAGGGAGGAGUUAACCCAGCAGCUCACUCUGGGAAAGGUGGAGCAUGAUGCUCUGCAGGCCGCCGUAGACAAAGAGAAACAGACCAGAGAGAUCACAGAGUCUCAGCUCCAGUCCACCAUCGACACACUGCAGGAUGACAAAUCAUCUCUCCAGCAGCUUGUUCACAAACUUCAGACCCAACUGGACCAGACAGAAGACCAGUUACACCAGACCAGAAUCCAGUUUAAAGAAACCAGGACCCGGCUGGAGCAGCUGGAGGAGGAGCAGCUGGAGGAGGAGCAGCUGGAGGAGGAGCAGCUGGAGGAGGAGCAGCUGGAGGAGGAGCAGCUGGAGGACAGGAGCAGAGCAGACAGCAGAGUGGAGCAGCAGCUGGAGGAGGAGCAGCAGCUGGAGGAGGAGCAGCUGGAGGAGGAGCAGCAGCUGGAGGAGGAGCAGCAGCUGGAGGAGGAGCAGCUGGAGGAGGAGCAGCUCUACAGGACUGUCCAGCAGACCAGGACCAGCAGGAAGCAGAUUCACAGACUGCAGGCCCGUCUGGUCCAGGACCAGGACCAGGAGACCCGCAACAGGGAGCAGGAUGGGGAGCUGCAGAGACUCCGAGAUAAACUGCAGAGAUGUCAGAGCACAAACAGACACAUCCAACAUGAACUGGAGGCGGAGCUGCAGCAGAGCAGACAGCAGCUGCAGGACGUCCAGCAGCACAGAGACACUCUGCUGCUGCAGCUUCGUUCACAGAGCGAUGGUCACCAGGCCAGCCUCAGACGCCUCAACAGGAAACUACGGCAGCUCAGCAGGUUCAUGUGUGACUCCGAUCAGCUGACGAGUGAACAGCUGAGAUCAACGUCCGAACAGCUGAGAGCUCUGAACCUCACUGUGGAGCUGCUGCACGCACAGAAAUCUGUGGACGAGCACGACAGCAGCUUUCGCCAAACUGAACACACACACACUCUGCAGGACCAACACACACACACUCUGCAGGACCAACACACACACACUCUGCAGGACCAACACACACACACUCUGCAGGACCAACACACACACACAGUGGAACAUUUGAGAGCAGAGCUGGCUGAAGCUCGGCAACAUGCACACAGACUUAGACAGCAGCUGGACCAGACCAGCAGCAGGAGCAGGGGCAGAACCAGGAGCAGGAGCAGAACCAGCAGCAGAACCAGCAGCAGAACCAGGAGCAGAACCAGAACCAGGAGCAGGACCAGGAGCAGGACCAGGAGCAGAGAUGGAGGCCGGUGGUGCUUCGUCCCUCCUGGACACAGUGCUCCUGGUUUGGGCUCUCAGGGGACGCAGGACUCUGGUUUGGGGCUGCAGUACCUCAGUUCUCCUGAAGGCGGCCGACAACAGAAUAAACCUCCUGCAGGCGGCGGAUACUGGGUCUAUAUCCCCCCAACACACACCAGCUCUGACACAGGAUGGAGGGACAGUGGAGGAGGCAGUGAUACUGAGCAGAGCUCCAGAGGAGGGACUCCUCCUCCUCCUCCUGCCCCAGCAGCAGGUGACUCUGUUGGGCUCACUGACACACUCACUCCCCUGGUUGGACCUGCCUGGCUGCUCUGUGGUUCACCUGCUGCUGUGGUCUACAGUCCUCCUGCAGGGGGCGCUGCACUGCACUGUAACACUACACACAAGGUCAGUCAGGGAGGCGUGUGUGUGUGUGAGUAUGAGAGACUCAAAGAGGCAGAGAGACUGGAGGAAGAGAAGAAGAAACUACGACUGGAAACCAAACAACUACGACACACACUGAGACGACACAGGAGUGUGAAGUUGGUGUGUGAUGAAGUAAAGUGUGUAGAGAAAACUCUGAUGAAGAGACGAGCUGAACUCCGUGAGGCUGACAGACUGCUGCUGGAGGCUCAGAGCUGCAUACACACCACCAGAGACCAGGCUCAGAAGGAGGCAGACUCACUGCAGCGCAGAGCUGAGGACAGCGCCACCUGUCUGCUGGAGGCCACACAGCACAUCAGAGAGCUGCAGGAGGUGGAGGAGGAGCUGAGGAGGAGGAGGCAGCUGGAGGAGGAGACUCUGAAGGAGCUGGAGGAGGAGCUGAGGAGCAGAGAGGAGAAGUUCCAGCAGCUGAGCAGAGACAUGCAGUCAGCUGCAGACAGACUGGUUCUCUUGCAGUGGGACUGUCAGCAGGCUCAGAGACGUCUGGACUCAGUAACCAGUCAGCAGGAGCAGGAGGAGCAGAGGAUGAAGGAGGAGCAGAGGAUGAAGGAGGAGCAGAGGAUGAAGGAGGAGCAGAGGAUGAAGGAGGAGCAGAGGAUGAAGGAGGAGCAGAGGAUGAAGGAGGAGCAUCACUCUGCUCUGAACACACUGAAGGAGGUCAGAGAGGAGGAGCAGCGUCUGCACAACACCGUCAAGGAGCUGUGGGAGCAGCAGGAGGUGCUGCUGAGUAAGAAGAAGGAGGAGGAGCAGAAACUGGUCACACUGCAGUCUGAGCUCAGCACACACAGAGCAGAGCUGAAACGUGUCCUUCAGGAGCUGCUGGCGGAGCAGCAGGCUCUGGAGGAGGUGAAAAACAAACGCACCCACAGUCUGCAGAGGCUCCACAAGAAGAAGGACGAGCUGGACAGAACGAAGGACGAGCUGGACAGAACGAAGGACGAGCUGGACAGGAAGCAGGACGAGCUGGACAGAGCGAAGGACGAGCUGGACAGAACGAAGGACGAGCUGGACAGGAAGCAGGAAGAGUUGGACAGGAAGCAGGAAGAGUUGGACAGGAAGCAGGAAGAGUUGGACAGGAAGCAGGACAAGGUGGAGCAGAAGAGAGACAGACUGGACAAGCUGCAGGACGAGGUGGAGCGUAAAACAGAGGAGCUGGCUGCACACAGGAAAGAGACGGAGACACAUCUUAAAAACAAAAACCAGCAGCAAACAGAACUGCAGGAGCUAAAGGAGGAGCUGAGCAGGAGGAGGGAGGAGAGCAGCAGUCUGCAGGAGCAGUGUAAACAUCUGGAGUCCAGACGGAGACACGCUGACAGGUGUCUGUCAGCUGUGGAGGAGGAACUCACCAAACUGAGAGAGGAGCACAGCCGCGCCCAGCUCCUCAGACAGGAAGUGAUCCGAGACACAGCAGCCAAUCAGGAGCAGCUUAAUGAGAGCUCUGAGCUUCUGUCUCUGCUCAGUGAACGUCUGGAAGAGAAGAAGAAGCAGCUGCAGACAGUGGAGCAGGCGGUGUGUGUGGGGUCGGACGAAGUUAAAGCUGCAGUGUGUCAGCUGGAGGACAGGGGGCGCCGUCUGAGCCAACAGCAGCUGCAGCUCCACCAGCUCAAGGAGGAGCUGCAGCACAGAGAGAAACAGCUGCUUCAUGAGGAGGAGGAGGUGCAGCAGAAAGAGGAGGAGGUGCAGAGAAAACAUGAGGAGGUGCAGAAGAAAGAGGAGGAGCUACAGCAGAGAGAGGAGGGGCUAAAACUCAGGAGGGAGGAGGUGCAGCAGAGAGAGGAGGAGGAGGAGCACAGCAGGGAGGCGUCACAGGAGGAGUCUUUCUAUCUUUGUACAGCUGGUCUGAGAUCAGCGUUCAACACUGAGGAGGAGAGAUGGAGGGUCGAGCUGGAGAGAGAAAAACUGAGACAACAAGAAGACCGACUGAAGGCUCGUCUGCGCUGCAGUUUGUGGGAGCAGCAGGAGAAUCUGAAGGUUAGACGUCUGGAGACCGAGGACUCUUUACUGGGACUGAAACACAGUCUGGACCAGCUGGACUCACUGCUCACACACACUCACACACACACUACGUAACACACACACA